AUGCCUCACAAACUGAAAGUGGAAUUACUGAGUAAGAAGGCAAGUAAUUUGAAAGUGGCGCCUCACCCAGUUAAUAAUACUGCUUCAGGUACAGUGAUGAACGAUAAAGAAGAUCAAGAGCUUAUAAGUAAGUGGCCCAAGCUAAAAGAUAAAAUACCUGAUAUAUUUUUACAUAACCCUGAAAACUUUCUUGACCAUCUAGACAGACUAAUAAGUUUGGAUAUAAAGAUUUUGGAACCAUGUCUAUGUAGAUAUUAUACAAAAAUAAAAUGUCCUACAUUGAGUGAUUACAAGGGUGUGAUAAAAGUGUUUAAUGAUUUGAAACUGCCUUAUAAUACAUUUGGACAAGCAAAUAAACGUAAAAUGAAAGUUGUUAUAAGGGGUCUUCCUAAACAAGUUGAUUUGAAUAAAUUAAAAAUAGAAUUCAACAUUUUAUCAAUUCCAAUAGUGAGAAUUCAUAAAAUGCAAGUGAAUGAGUAUAAACAGGAAAAUAAAAGCCUCAUUUUAGCUGUAGUGCCUUAUAAUGAUAAUGGCAAAAAACUUUUGAGAGUGAAUAAAAUCUUUGGACAUCCUAUUACCAUGGAACCGCCUAAACCUAAAACUAAGCAAUGUCAUCGUUGCCAACUCUGGGGCCACACACAGAGAUAUUGCCAUGGUAAGAUUAAAUGUGUGAAAUGUGCUGGAGAUCACAUGUCUAAGAAAUGUGAAAGAGAUCCAACCAAAUUACCACCUAAAUGUGCUAAUUGUGGGGGAAAGCAUACAGCUAAUUACAGAAAAUGUCCAUGUUGUCCAGACUCAGAAGAGCACAAGCUAACACAAAUCAUUAAAAAACAAAAUUUGUGUACUGCAACUAAGUGUGAAUAA